GGCCGGCUUGGCGUUCACUUCAACUUACGUCGCUGGGAAACUGUUGCAACACUCGAAGUUUUCUGGUGAUACACGUAAAAAAUUCAUUUAAAGAUCAUAUUUAUCUAGAAUAUCCGACGAAGUUACGCAACAAAAACAAAGCUUGGCAAUAACUUGACUCUUCCAUUUCGAAAGAAACUCGCGACAAACUUUUCAAAAUGCGCGAAUGCAUCAGCAUCCACAUCGGUCAGGCUGGAGUGCAGAUGGGCAACUCUUGCUGGGAACUGUACUGCCUCGAGCAUGGCAUCCAGCCCGACGGCCGCAUCAGCGAUGACCUGGUGGGGGAUGAGAACAUGUACACGACGUUCUUCCAAGAAACUGGCCGUGGCAAAUACGUGCCCAGGGCCAUCUACGUCGACCUCGAGCCCACCGUCGUAGACACGGUGCGCACUGGACCAUACCGUCAACUGUUCCACCCUGAACAGCUGAUCUCCGGUAAGGAGGACGCGGCUAAUAACUACGCGCGCGGUCACUACACCAUCGGCAAGGAGCAGGUCGACCUCGUGCUCGACAAGGUCCGCAAGAUGGUCGACGCCUGCAGCGGUCUUCAGGGGUUCCUAGUGUUCCACUCGUUCGGAGGGGGCACAGGCUCUGGCUUCACGUCGCUGCUCAUGGAGAGACUCUCCGUAGACUACGGCAAGAAGAGCAAACUGCAAUUCACCGUAUACCCCGCGCCGCAGAUCUGCACCGCAGUAGUGGAGCCCUACAACUCCAUCCUGACGACGCACACGACGCUGGAGCACUCGGACUGCGCCUUCAUGGUUGACAACGAAGCCAUCUACGACAUCUGCAGGAGAAACCUCGGCAUCGAGCGCCCCUCCUACGAGAACCUCAACAGGAUGAUCGGCCAGAUCGUGUCCUCCAUCACCGCCUCACUCAGGUUUGACGGUGCUCUGAACGUUGACCUGACGGAGUUCCAGACGAACCUGGUACCGUAUCCGCGUAUCCACUUCCCUCUCGUCACGUACUCGCCCGUCCUGUCCGUCGAGAAGGCCUACCACGAGCAGCUGACUGUGGCAGAAAUCACCAACGCUUGCUUCGAGCCUGCCAACCAGAUGGUGAAGUGUGAUCCACGGAGAGGCAAGUACAUGGCGUGUUGCCUGCUGUACCGCGGUGACGUCGUGCCUAAAGACGUCAACGCCGCCAUCGCCACCAUCAAGACCAAGCGCCAAAUCCAGUUCGUGGAUUGGUGCCCAACUGGCUUCAAGGUGGGGAUCAACUACCAGGCCCCGACGGUUAUUCCUGGUGGGGACAUGGCACCCACGCAGCGCGCCGUUUGCAUGAUCUCCAACACAACCGCCAUCGCUGAAGCCUGGGCAAGACUUAACCACAAGUUUGAUCUUAUGUACAACAAGCGAGCCUUCGUACACUGGUACGUGGGCGAGGGCAUGGAAGAGGGAGAGUUUGCUGAGGCUCGGGAAGACCUCGCUGCUCUGGAACACGACUAUGAGGAGGUGGCGAUGGACUCCACCGAACCUGAGGACGAUGAACAUGAAUAUUAAAUGAGCGCUAUCUAAUCUCGCUCAAAAUGGAAUGCUUACGAUGAUCUUCGCCAAAUUUUGCUAGAGUUUUAAUUAUUUCAACAGUUUAACUUCAUCGUGGUAUCGAAUUUUACGUAAAAUUUCACGUAAAACAUCAUUAUUGUCUAAUACCUGCAUGCACACAAUGCGCGGUCGACUACUUGAUACGCUGGUUUGCGAAUGCUCAUUCGUGAUUGCCCUCUUAAAUGUUAAGAUAACCGGCAACGUAAUCCAAAGUUAAAAAAUAUAAUAAAAAAGACAUUUCUCGUAACAUAGAAUUUCUAGGUCUACAAGUUAACAUAUUUUUAAGUUUUCUGUGGAAUUUCAAAACUGAAAAGACUGCGACACCGAAGAUGCGAUUAUUCUUUGGUAAAAGAAUAAUAUUUACAUUUAUUUAUUUGGUGUCUUACAAUCGUCUUCGUAACUCAAAAUAUGUUAAUUGUAAUGCACUGAUUCUUUCUGCUGAACAAGGCUCAUGAUGCGGAGCUGUUGCUCCGCUAUCUUAUACUGAAUGCCAGUUUAGACGUUAAGGAUGAUAUUUUUAUGAACUAAGAGUGCGUGUAGCGUAAGUUUAUGUUUUACGGAGGCUGACAUCUGUGCAAUAUUGAGAUAAUGUAACGCAUUUUUUCAGUCACGGUUUUUUUGAGAGGAAAAACUUAUGUUCGAAACCGACUAUUUUUGUCUGGAAGCUUGCACCGCUUUCUCUUCUAGGGUCAUUUUGCUGGUGUUGUAACCUAUUAUGCCAAUAUACGUGGUAUCUUUAAACGCGAGGAAAUAUCUAACCGUAAGAACAUAAGUUGUUCGUUAUCCUAAGAAUUUAGUUUAGCCAACUUUCAGCCUAACUUAAUGAAACAGUUUUUAUACUUUUAUACUCUAUGACCUUAGUGUGUAAUGACGUGUUAACCAUAUUACUGUGCACUAAAAAAUUAUUUGUAACAAAAUCAUCGACUGUACUCGAAAAAUGCUUCAGUAAAUCAUUUUCAGAA